GCCCCGCCGAAGUUUGUCCCUUCCGCCGCCCCGUCCGUCCCCAUGGCAACGGCCCCCGGCAACAUGGCGGCCGCCAGCAGCCCCAGCGUCUUCAUGGUGGCCGUCAACGGGCAGAUAGAGAGCGGGCAGUUCCCCGGAUUUGACGACCUCUACUGCAAGUUCUGCUUCGUCUACGGCCAGGACUGGGUUCCCGCAGCGGGCCUGGAGGAGGGCAUCUCCCAAAUCACCUCCAAGAGCGACAUCGCACCCACCACCUUCGUCUGGAACUUCCCCAUCGACAUCACCUUCAAAAGCACCAACGUGUCCGGCUGGCCGCAGAUUGUAGUGAGCGUCUACGGACCCGAUUUUUUUGGAAACGAUGUGGUCAGAGGUUAUGGAGCUGUUCACGUUCCCUUCACGCCUGGAAGGCAUAAGAAAACCAUUGCUAUGUUUGUUCCAGAGUCUACAUCCAAGCUGCAGAAGUUUACAAGUUGGUUCACGGGGAGGCGUCCAGAAUUUACUGACCCAAAAGUGGUAGCACGGGGAGAAGGAAGAGAAGUGACGAGGGUACGAUCACAAGGCUUUGUGACCAUCUCCUUCAACGUCGUGACCAAAGAUAUGAAGAAGUUGGGCUAUGACGUGUGCCCAAGCGACAUGCAGAACCCCUCUCUGGUGCCUGCUACAGAAAGGAUUCAUAAGUAUUGAACUCAGAUGUGAGAUGGUCAAAGGUACACGCAGAAGUUAAGCACCAAGGAUUGGGUUUUUUUCCUUCAAAUGGAAAAUGAGUAUCUGGCUCAAUUGAGAACAAUUUACCUGAGACCUUCAUUCUAAAAAAAAAAAAAACACUAAUCCAUAAGGCUUUGGAGCAGUUACCUAGAAUAUAAUUCUUUCAGAAGGAUACAGGUUGAAAAAUUGUAUAAAUUAAUGCUGUCAGAUCUGUUUAGCAUUUUUACACGUAACAUCAGGCUAUCUCAAAAGACCUCCAAAGUAUUUUUGUAACAGCCUUUUUUACACUCUUUUUAUACUUCAAGAAUAGGAAGGUUUGUGGUUGUACUAAUUUUCCUUUGUUUAAAACAUCAGUGCAAUCCCAGUUCUUUUUACUCAUAAUUUUGUGGUAGAAGUGGGAAAUUACUGAAAUUAUUACACCUUCCAAAAAGAAGGCAUUAUGGAAAUGUUCCAGUGGGACACACGCACUUUGCUCUGUGCCACACACUUCUCUCUGCAGAAGCCACAGCAGGCAUCUUUAUAAUGCCACAUAGUACUUUGUGCAGCUAAGUAAAAUAAAAUAGUUCGUGCACUGCAGAAACAAACCCUUCCACGUUUUUAGUGGAGCAACCUGGGCUUUUGUGUUUAAGACAAGAUGAUGACUCUUUCAUUUCCAGGUUCUUUUUCUGCAUCAAGCUGCAGCAGGAAAAAAAAAAAAAGGACAGCAGUUUUUGUUUUAGAAGUGUUAGAGAGAUUGUGGUGUUAAAUAUAUGCUCGCUGCACGCUUUUAACUUCUGAUAGAACAAACAGAAUUUCAAGCGCAGCUAUUGACUAAAAAAUAAGCCUUAGAGAAGGAUUUGAAAUGAAAUUACAGUCUCAGUAAACCAAUGGUGUGUACUGUAUUUAGCUCCAAGUCACACUAGUUAGCAGAGGCACUGUGCUGUACGGGACAGUCAGGAGUAGCAGAAAGGACCACAUGUGUCUAAGUUGGUCCCUCCAGCCCAGCAGAUCUUGGUGUUUCACACUUGAGCUAGCCGAGGUUCUAAGCUGCAACAUUUUUAACAGCCUUCUGCCAACAUAAUUAUUCAGAUCACACACUGCUGUGACAGUAUGGGUCCAAAGAAGAGAGAAUAGAGUGUGAGGAAGAUGUUUGUUUACACAGAUAAUGUACUGACUUUCCUUAGCUGUUUUUCUUAUCUGAGGAAAGGCAGUAAAACCACAACAUGCCGAUGUUCGUGUUUGCUGUAACUAGGUUUUCCCACUGCAUAACCCAAAUGAAUGACCCAAACCAUGUUAUUUCUUAUUGGUGUAUGUAGUGAAAAUGCUAAGUCACGGCCUGAACCAGUGAUUGAGCACCUGCUGGGAAGGCAGGGCCAACCCAGGGGAGCUCAGGUGUGUGCAAUGCACCUGAGUGACCAGAAGGGGUGGGGCCAGGAUCCACCCCUUCCCAGACCUCAUUUAAGGGUUGGCAGUAGAGGUGAGGGUAUCUCCCUGCCUACUGGAGGUCUUCUAAAGGUAAGCAGCUUUUUUUUCCUUUCGUUUCUGUAGUUGUGGCUGUUACAUUUGGGUUUGUCCUCAUUUGUUGCAGCCAAAGACUUUGCCACCCUGCUAUUACUGCUGUACUUCCAUUUGCAUUAUAGCGUUACAGUGUGUGGUAGGAGCUCUGAAGCUGUUCUCAGAUGCCUUCAGUGUGAGGGCACAAAGCUGGUCCUCAGUGUAAACAGCUUCUCUUCUCAUGUCUUACCACAGCCUUCCACUGAAUCCUCCUAAUAAGCUACUGUUAAUGCUCUUCCUGUGGGCUGAACAAACCCCAUUGUCUAAAUAUUUUUGUUUCUGCCUUUCUGCUGCCUAGGCUUUUUAUUUGUUUGUGCCAGCAUGGGUGUUUCUAAGUCCUGAAUCAUCCAAGAUAUCUAUUGUACCUAUAAGAACAGCAUAAAAAUAUAUGCUAUGGUAAAAUGACUAAUGCUUAGUCAUUCUUACAUUUACAUUUGGACAUGUAACCUCAUGUGUUUUGAAUGCACAUAGCAGGAGAUAACUGGGAGGAGGACUUACCAUGAUACUACCCUGUAAGUGAACUGUCAAGAUCUUGAAACUGUAAGAAUAAAGAUACCCAGCGCUGAGCUGCAGAGCCUCCAGAACAGCUACCAACUAAAGCAUCGGGUUAGAUGUAGUUAUUUCACACUGAGCAGUGUCACCAAAUAAAUACAACUUCUGAAAUGAGAA